GUAAUUUAAUGUUUUUUGAGUUGGUAUUACCUCACCUGGUAAAUUGGAAAAAUUGUCCAUCAGUCUUCAGUCAUCGUAUUACAGUAUUUCUGCUCAAAAUUUAAUAAUGUUUGAUUAAUCAAACAUUAGUUUUUUUAGAAUAAAGUGAAUUUCAGGUGAUAGUGUCUUUAUUUUUAAUUGUGUAGCUAAAUAAUUUCUACGUAACAUGUUGGCUCUUCUACUCAACAAAACAAAAACAUUUGUUGGCAUGAAUGAGGUUAUGGUUCAUGGUGAGCUUGUUGAUAAUGUAAAUAGAGCUCUACAACGACCUUCAAGAUUUUUGAAUCAAGAAAUGGAUGAUUUGGAUGAGGAAACAAUUUCUAAACGGAAACAAGAUUUAAAAGAUCAAGUUUAUGAUUGCAUUCGUACUAUCAAAGAUCCAGAAAAGCCAGCCACUCUGGAAGACUUGGAAGUUGUCUACGAAGAUGGAGUACAGGUGAAAUCGCUUGGUGGCGCAAACUCGGCGAGCGUGAUUCACGUCGAGUUCAACCCGACUGUGCCGCACUGCAGUUUGGCCACGCUCAUUGGCCUCUGCAUGAGAAUCAAGUUGCAGAGAACAUUGCUUCAGGCAAUCAAGGUUGACAUUACUAUCAAAAAGGGUGCUCAUGAUACAGAAGAUGAAAUAAACAAGCAAGUCAAUGAUAAGGAACGAGUGGCAGCCGCGAUGGAAAAUCCAAAUCUCAGAGAAAUGGUCGAGAACUGCAUUAAAGAAUGCGACGAUUGAAACAAGCUCAAACGUUUGACUGAUAUUGUUAAGUAUUAUAAUGUAAGAUUAUUUUCAACGUAAUAGCAUAAUGUUUUCAACUGUUGAUAUUAACAUGUAAUUCAAAACUUGCUGUGCAACAGAAAUAUGUGAAAAAUUUGUAUUUGGUUUUGUUUAGGUUGAAUAGUUGCCUUAGCAAUGCCUUACUUGGGUAUUCUAUGUGCGAGAUAAUGUACGAAAAAUCAUCUCUGAAGGCUCCAAUAAUGAAUAAAAAAGUCUAAAGUCUAUUGAAAAAAAACUGUAAUUCUAAAAAAAACAAUGAGUUGAGCGAAUGCCAUUUUUAAAUGCUAUUAUUAUUGCUUCUAUUUUUAGACUGUAAAAUUAGAGUAUAAAUUGAGACCAAUCGAUCUAGACUCAAUCAAUCUGAUAGUCUUCUACUGUCCUUGACAAAAGUUAUAAGAAUAACUGUCCACAAAAUUCAAUUUUGAUACUAAAUGCAGUCUGAUUCCUUGAUUUCUGUACAAACAAUUUUAUUCGUCCCUUACUAGUAAGUAGCUGAUUAUAUGAUGUAUACAUUUUAAUUAUAAUAAACACUUGAAAUAUACCGGAAUCUGUUGGAACUCUUGAUUUUUAAAUCUUGAAUUUUUAUUUUUGAAGAGUUGAAUAUUUUAUUAUUUGCAACAAGUGCAAAACUUGAAGUUUUUUUUAAAUUUGUAAUUCCUUAUAGAAGUCAUUGUAAUUAUUACUGUAUAUAAUUAAACCAACAAUUGAGUAUUUUAUAUGUCAAUUACAUAAAUAUUUUAAUGUUAACUUGUUGAAAUUUAUAUAUUUUAUAAAUAAAACGUUAUUUUUCUAUAAA